GGAAAUGAAGAAAUUUAGUAAAUUAAAAUGUUUCAAGUUCACAAAUUGUAGUCAAACCAAAAUCAAGUUCACUUUUAAAAAGAAGGAAACUUCAAUUGUACAUAUAUUUGUCAGAAACUGUUCAGCGAAUUGAAAAACGCAACGCUUUGUGUAAUAUAUAAAAAAUAAGUGUCAUUUUUGUCAUAUUGCCUUACAAGAUAUUGACGGAUUAAUGAUAUAGAAAAAUGAAUGCUUUCGCAAUCUUCAAGAGCGAUGAAGAUUUGGGAGUGGAGAAUAGAGCAAGUGAUUCUUCCACGAAAAUUGUGAAAAAAUGUGUGCGAAAAGGUGAAAUAUUACGUUACACUAGAAAAGAAAAUAUUAAUAUGUUGAAUACAAUAAGUGAUCGAGAAAUGAAACAGAAAGGUGACUUAAAUAGCAAGAAAGAAUCAGAAGGUUCCAGCAGUGAACAACUGUCGGGAGAAUCAGCAUACAAGACAUACAUUUUUGAAGAAAUGGAAAAUAAUGAUAUAGAAAUCGAAAAGUGUAUCGCAUUCUGGAAAAGUGUUAUGGAGAGAAAUUUGAAGCCUAUUAAAUGCACUUUAAUAAAUAAUAAAAAACGUCAAGAAAAUAAGCUGAAUCUCGAAUCGCCGGAAGUAUAUUCAAACAACGGAGACGUUGAUGCGGUAGUGGAGCGAACUACAGAAGCUAUUCACGCAGAAUAUAAAAAAAUGUGGUUGAAUACUGUGAACGAUAUUCAGAAUUUGAAAUUAGAAAGUGUUAAGUUGAUUGGUAAAGCUCGUUGUAAGUUAUGCGAAGCUUUGGAAAAACCAUUAGAAGAAUAUGACACUGAACAAGGAAGCGAAACUAUAAGAAAAGAAGUAGAAAGUUUGAAUACUUGGAAAUCGAUUUCGAGAAGAAAACGUAUGAAUGCAAAAGAACGUUCCAAAACAAAGAAAAUAGAUGAUACAAAAGAGAAACUGCUACCAUCUGAGGAUAUAUCUAAACCAAAAAUAGAUGACACAGAAGAAACACUAGUACCAUCUGAGGAUAUAUGUAAACCAAAAAUGGAUGAAACAGCAAAAUAUAAAUUCGUUAACGUUAUAGAAAUGAAAAAACGCGACGGAAUUUACAGCAAAUGGCGAGAUAAUUUAGUUAAGACUGUUUGUCCUUGUGGUAAACUGAAAUGUGAUUGCAAUACUAAUCCUGCUAUCAAAUCAAUUAACGUGAUUCAGGGUGCUGUGUGUGAAAAUUCCGAAAAAGAUGUUCCAGGAGAACUACCAACGGAAGCAUCUGACAAAGUAUUUAAAUCAUCGGAAAGAAACUUUGAAGCAUUUGAGAACGUAUCAAAAUCGGAGCAGAUAUUUAUGGGGGUAGAUGAUUCAUACAAUCAAAGUUUUAUGUAUCCAUAUUUUGAUAAAACGCAAGAAACCACAAGAGAAAUGACCCAAGAAGAAAUAAAUAUGAGUACUUCGUUGCAAGAAACUGAUAGACAAGAAACGAUAAUGCCUAUAAGAGAAUUCGCCCGAGAAGAAAUGAAGAUCAGUACAUCGUUAGUGCAAACUGAUACACAAAUGACCAUAUUGCCUACAAGAGAAUUGGCUAAAGAAGAAAUAAAUAUGACUACUUCGUUACAGCAAACUGAAACACAAGCAACUAUAUUACCUGCAAGAGAAUUAGCCGAAGAAGAAAUUCAUUUGAGCACUUCGUUACAGGAGAUUGAUAUGCGAGCUACGAUAAUACCUACAAGAGAAUUCGCACAAGAAGAAAUACGUUUGUUUACUACGUUGCAGGAAACUGAUACUCAAGUAACACCGACGCAAGACUUUAUCCAAGAUGAAAUCGAUGAAGAUGAAAUCGAUGAGGAUGAAAUCGACGAAGAUAAAAUUGAAAUACCAGCAGAAGAAAUUGAAUGCACCGAUAUAACUAUUAAAAGUGUGAGUGAGCAAAGUAGAGAUUCCACAGUAAACUCAGAAUGCAAAUUUCUUUCAUUCGGAAUGGAACGCACAGUUUCGGUGAUUCUACCUACCGGCGAAGUCGAGAUAAUUCAAAGAGAAAAUGUGGAUGACACAACCUGGAAUAAACCAAUAUUUCCAAAAUUGGCAGUUUCUUUGGAUAGUGCAAGGUGUUCUAUAGAAGCAAUGAGGAAAAAACUUGGAAGACGCGGACCCAAAAAUUCGAAAAAUCAAAUGACGAGUGAACUGGAAGUUAAGUCAGCAAACGAUAUUCACAACGAACCACCUAUACGCAAAACUAUACUAAAAAAUACUUCAGCUUCUUCGGCAAAAAUACCUUUACACGACAGUACCCAGUUGGAAGUUCUGCACCAUAAAUCUUCCAAUCCCUAUGAUGUUUCCACGGUUUUUAUGAUCCAACAGUGACAUACUCAAGGAUUGUAUAUUGGUAUUUUUCCAAUUUAUGAAAAGUCUACAGACACAUUUUUCAAGAGGAACUUGAUACAUUUACAAUAUUUUUAUUCCACAAGUUUAUCAAUAUAUAUUAUUUAUGAAAAAA